AUCAUCUAACAUGAAUGUCUUUUUUUUUUUUUCUUUGGUUUGGUAUUUGAUACUGUGUGUCCUGUGGGCUUUGCCUGUUGAGGAUCCUCACCCCACGCUCAUCAGCCUAGUCAUGACAAAACCGUUACAAACACUUGCUGCGCCUCCGGUGCGGUUAACAAAAGUCAAACCACAGGAGUGACUACAAACCUCACACAUGUUAAGGGUCCAAGGCUAGAAGCACUGAGUGAAUUGUUUGGAGCACGUCACUAAUACCUCUCCUGCCGAACAGCAUUUUGUUAAGAAGUCUGAAGUAAGGGCUGAUUAUAAUUUUUUUCCCCUCUGUGCAGUUCCUUGUUCUUACUUCGGUUGGGCCACAAUCUAUUUUAAUCUUGUAGAGUCACUGUACAGAAAUAGCAGGGAGAACAGAGAACUGUGUUGCGUAGUACAGACUUAAGUAUGAAACAAUCCCGGUGUGCCGGUUGGAGAAAACGUGGCUUACGUCUGAGGCAGUAGUGUUUUGCUUCCUAAUGAGGUAUCACUUAUCGCAUUUCCACUUAAAUUGUGUCGUUGGCAGAAUUUUGUGUCAGCACACCGAGCUAAAUAUAACCUGGAGAGUUUAAAUAAGGGCAUGAAGCGAGCCAGGAAAGCCCGGUGUAAUAGGAUCCAGCCAGUCAGCCACAGUCCUAAACCCGAUAGAGUGCAUUGUCUAAAUGCUAAAAUACAACAGUGACUGUGUAAGGGAAACUAUUUUGUCUGUGACACUCGACCUUCUGGAAUUUUCCACAUAUCUGCCACCAGACAUUAAAAGUACAGUAUAACUGUCUGGGAUGACCUAACAAGAUAUCCAAAGUGGAGUUCAGGUAACUCAUGUAGUUUACUGCUUGGGUUGUUUAAGUAACUUUUUGUUUAAACAGAGAAAACACCCACUAAGUAAAUAAACAGUAUCAGUUGAGUGGUAGCUUCAGUAUUUUUUUGUCCACCCACAGGUCACCAGUUCCUUUGAAUCACAUGUGGGUUGAGCAUUGAGCUUGAUACAACAUUAUCACAUCUAUUUAAGGUCAAGGAGGCCUGCAUGAAUAUUUCCAAGCCCACUUGGUCAACUGGCAUUUCUGUCUUUCAUGUGACCACGCUGUUAUCUGCUCUCUGCUGUUCUCUCCCGCUCUCUCCCCCACUCCUCUCUAAAACACACACACAUAGCUCCUCAGAUCAUGCCACUUGUGUAGUUUCCGCACCAUGUGUGUGGCAAGCAAGGAUUAUGAAUGAAGCUUGUUUACCAUUCGGGCCUCUGCCAUGUGACUCCCACACCCAUUUGCGGACCGUCGCCAUGGCAGCAGCCUUGUGCAGAGUUCACGGGGGUGCUCGCUGACGCUGUCAGGCGGCUCCUGAAAUGGUGCCUUGGGACAGCGUGCCUUUUCACGGGUGCACAGCGAAAGGCUCUCUUUUGGCCGUGGCAACAGUCUCGCGACCGUCGUCUUCCCACUGAACGGAUUGGCCUCUCCGAAAAAAGCGCUCAGGCAAAAAAUAGCUGGAGGGUUUGAAUAGCUAAGCAGAGAGAUCAGACAAAGCCCCGUGGCGAGGCUGACCCGUUUCUAUUAUUGCUUUCUCACAACGGUCUAGUGAACUACUUUGAGAGAGUGCUCCCUCAGCAAGUAAACAAGGGCAGCCCUUGUCUAGCCGGCAUUUUGUGAGGUUUGACUGACCUCUACUGUUGGAAUUUUUGGAGGACUCGAGCCAGUUGUGUUUAUGCAGGGCAUGACGACUAAUUUUAAAGCCAGCAAAGCUUUAAAGGUAAAGAAGGAGGCGGGCGAGAAUGCACCAGCGCUCAGUGACGACGAGCUGGUGGCCAUGUCGGUGCGGGAGCUCAACACGCACCUGCGCGGGCUGACCAAGGACGACGUGGUGCGGCUGAAGCAGCGGCGGCGCACACUUAAGAACCGCGGCUACGCCGCCAGCUGCCGCAUCAAACGCGUCACGCAGAAGGAGGAGCUGGAGCGCCAGAAGAUGGACCUGCAGCAGGAGGUGGACAAGCUGGCGCGCGAGAACGCCAGCAUGCGGCUGGAGCUGGACGCGCUGCGCGCCAAGUACGAGGCGCUGCAGUGCUUCGCGCGGACUGUCACCCGCGCCGGGGUGGUUGGGGGCAAGAUGCCCGGAGGUGGCGGUGCUUCUGCCACUACCAGCGUCAUCACCAUCGUCAAAUCGGCCAACCACGGCAGCCCGCCACCCGCCACUUCGUUCUCGGCGCCCUCCUAGUGGCCAGACUGGGGUGGGAUAGGCAGAGGACGUGUGCUCAGAAAAUGACCCGACAGUGGCCCGGACCUGAUCCCCCCCCCCCCGUGCUGAGGAGGUCGCUCAGCAACAGGACUGCAGGGUGGGCGGGGGGUGCUGUGGCCAUGAUUCUGUGUGAUUUACCUUUAGGCUGCAUUCACUUUCCUCUCCUUCUCUCUCUCUCUCCAUCUCUCUCUCUAUCUUUCUCUCUCUCAAUCUCUCUUUCUCUCUCUCUAUCUCUCUCUCUCUCACUCUCUCUCUCUCUUUAUUGUUCUAAAUUGUCUGUGCACUGUGCUAUGAAACCCCCCCAGCCCCUACAUGUUCCCAGCACCGGCAUGGCACGCUAGUCCCUAAUCAGCGACCCCAACCCAACUGAGACUUAGUAGAGUUGAACACUUGUCCAAGUGUGAGUGAGUACUUGAUACCUAUAAAACCUACCAUGGCAGCACUGCUGUAUGACAGCUCUGAUGCCUGUUUUUUUAUUUGCAUGUUCAUCAGAGAGUAAACUAAUAUAUAUAUAUAAUCGUUUCGUAUAAUAUAUUCUGUAAUAUAGUUUCAACCAUGUUGAGGCAAGUUUUUUUUUUCCUAAGGCUGAGAACCUGAUGGAAUGACUAUUGUGUUGUAUAACACAGAUACACGUUUUCCAGAGACUUCUUGAGACACUCUUUGUGUCUUCAAGAUUCAAAUAUUUUGUGAAAGUACCUUGAGCCAUUUCAAAAGGUUUUUAAACGGGUUUUAAGACCCGUGGACACAAUUUAAGGCCAGUAAAUAAGAUUCAAAAGACCAAGGACAGUUUCUGUCAUAUAGAACAAGCACAAUUCAUUCAUUCAGAGUAUGACUCAACAUACAGUUCUUUAGACAAGAGUAUGACUCUGCGUACAAUUGAUUAUUACACAAUCCUAAAACUGCCCUUUCAGACUUCAGAACAUCGAGCACCUCCUACAGAUGUUUCAAUGGCACUUAUCCCUACUGUUCCAUAGCAGUACAAAAACUACAGAAGCACUUCACUUGCAGAGCAUGAAAAAAACAGCGUUUCUCUAAGCACACAUUAGAAAUAGAAUACAGCUUUUUUACGACGGUCUCCGUAGUUUUAAGUGUAGUCCGUGGAGACAAUUGCCAGGCACAUUUUUAUAUAGACUAGUUAUCUUAAAAAGAUAAGCACUUCCUUUUUAUAUGAGCAAUUAUUCUCUCCAAACUCUCUCGAUCAAUGCCAUACGUCAUGGUAGGUAAUCCAUAUUGGAUAUAGCGAUGAGUGGAGCUCUUUUGAUAAAGCAAUGCAAUUUCGAAUCAUGACCUGUAUAUUACAGAUUUUAAGCUUUUGCCUCAGUUUUCGUUACUUCCUUGGUCAAAGACAACGAGACGCAAAAUAGACGCUCCCAGCUGCAACUGUUGCCACUUCACACAGAGAAUUCCGUCCAAUCAGAAAGCAUUCCUACUGCUAGAUCAUCACUAAGUGCCGCCGCCGGUGUUGGAUACCCUCACGCAAUAUACCAUGUGUGUAUUUAGAGCAAUGACUUUGAUAUCUUUGACACAGACUCAUGGGUAAGGACAAUCCUGACAUGUAAAAUCAGAUACUCGUAUUUGUUGUUUUGGAGAUUUGUUUUGUUUGUUGUUGUUGUUGUUGUUGAUGUUGAUGAGAUUGGCUUCAAGGGGGUCGACCUUGGCUUCAGGUGGUUAACCUAGUUUCACGUUUGAGUAAGAAUUGGGAUAUCAAAUCCUAAUGUAGGUCAGUCAAAUGCUGUAAAUGAAGAGGCCAUUUCUCCAUUUUUUUUUCUUAGAUGGGAGUUCAGCCCAGUCUUGGAUAAGUGAAUGGCUGUUUUAAUGGAGAUGUUUCAUACAAAGUCAAGUCUCAUUCAGGAUUAAGCUUUAAUGUCUGUCUAGAUAAGUGACUUGCUAGGCCUUUAAUCGCAACCCCCCCCCCCCCUCACAAUUGGCCUUAAUGUCCUAUGCUCAUUUCAUUCCAUUUCAUUAGACCUGCCUGCGUGUUUCUACCUUACUUUCUUCUAGUCCAACUGAAAAGUCAUCAUGCAUUGUGCAAUUGUUAUCCUUUUCCAUCAUAAAAGUUGUUCAAGAGAAGAUGACUCAGGUUGGGCUUCUCUGUUACCCAAGUGGCCAUGACUGUUCCUGUUCCCUCUGGCAAGACGUGUAUUUUGUUUCUCCUUGCUAUAGAGAGCACCAGAGGGAACACUGCUGCUGAGUGGUCCUCUAUUGUCCGUGACAGAUGGACUCACCGCCGUGCUCUUACCAUACUCAUUUUAUAUUCCCACAUGAUGUUUUUUUUUCCCGUUUGUUUUGUUUGUUUUUGUAUGUGUGUUCUGUAUUCCCAAAUGUCAUUUAGUUUAUUUUUUUCCUGUUUUGUUUUGUUUUCUGUUGCCUCCUUAUAUUGUUGAGUUUUUCAUUUCUAUAUAUUUUGUAAAUAGAUAUAUAUAUAUAUAUAUAUAUUUCUAGAGCAUGAAAUACUUUGGGGAAUGGUGUAUGUCCUUGUAAUCGCCUCCAUCGUGUCAUUAUUCACCCGACUUAUCUCCGCAGUUUACUUCUGUCCCCCGUGUAACACAGCAAGUCUAUUCUGCAGAGUGUUUAACUGUUAUUUUAGCUAUUAAAUACAAUUUGAUGGCCAUACUUCCCUAUAGUGCAUAAGUCCCCUUUUGUGCACGCUAAUCAAACUUUCAUUGUUUACAGUGAAUAGAGGCAGAUGGCUUCUGGAGUAGAUGCUUAUCAGUUUUGAAUGGAUGCUCUAUGUGAGCUCUUAUGUUUUUUUUUCAGUAUUUAUCAAGUUGGGCACUCCUUCAAGCUUUGUUGUGAUGUGAUAUAAGCGUUAUGGGGACAAGAAGAGAAUCCUUUUGGGUUACUCUUGACGGUGACUCUUGUAGCACAAAAAGCCUUGUGGAGAGCGCCACCUGAGGGAUGGUUGUUGUACUGCAUUGAGGAGGUUGCUUUGAUUGGUAGCUGUCAUUUUAAAACUCUCUGUUUGCCGUGUCUGACCUUCAGCUGGUGUCGUGAUUUUCCUUGUUCACACAUUGGAUCAGUGUUUUCAUAAGUUAUGAAACGGCAGUCAACAUGUGAUCCAGUCAGAAACACAACGCCAAAUAAUGACCUUGUCUGUGAAUUUGAGUCAUCCUUUCUGUGAUCAACAACAGUGGUUGAGUCAUGUGUUCCUUCUGAGGAGAAAAUCAGAAAUCAGCAUGGAGACAUGCUCUUUGAAAAAUGACCACACCACCCCUAGUUACAUGGGACACAACUUUAAAAAAAAACAUACCAUUAAAAAAAAAAACUCAGAAACUUUACUGACACCUGGUGGUUGUGUUAACAAAAUGCUGUGAACAAGUAAUGUGAUGUCAGUACUCUUAUGCAAACCCACUGUAUCUUUAUUCUUCUAUUUGUUUUUUUUUUCUUCAGCAUCCACCAAAGCCAUACGUUUCUCUUUGUACAAUGUGAACAAGCCUUCCGAGACAGACAAAUUACAGAAUAUUCACACCAUUCAUUUUCAUAGUCAUCCAUGUUCAGCUGAGAUCUAAGACCUACAGUGCUUUCACCUAACAGGACAUCCCCCUCUACUCUCCUGUCCUCGCCUUACGCCUGUGACAGAAGCUCAGAAAGUGGCCCAGUCACUCUUAACUAUAUGAAUAACCAGAAAGGGGCAACAGCUGUGAACACAGAUGCUUUUUUUAGUGUGUGUAGGAGCAUUGUAAUGUAUACAGCUCCGCUGGACAAAAUGUGUAGACUGAUUGUGUUCAAUGGUCUGCGUUGAGACUGCAGUGUUUCUUCUCAGGCCUACUUUCUGACAAAGUCGACAGUGAAAGAUGCUAUCUAAAUGAUGGGGGUACUUUUUGGUCUUUUAUAUUCAGUGUUUGCUGUAUGUGGCCAUCUUGGCUGAAUCGGUUAAAUUAUUUCUAUAUUUUACACGUGAGAAUAUUAUAUCUGUUGAAAAGUAUAUAUUAUAUAUGUGCUCUGUCAGUCUUUGAAGCUAUGUACCACAAACGCACAUAGGAAUUUCUAACCCGUGUCUGAACACAUUUGCCUAUAAAAUCAUAGAGAAGCUCCUUGACAUAUAAAGUAUGCUGCUCCAAAUUAUUACUUUGUAUACAUUUAAGAUUACAAUUGAACUGCAAUGUGGGGGAGGUUUUGUAAUUAAAAGUAGUGCCUAUAAGCAUUGAGUUUGUGAUCGUUCUAGUACUGUAUAAAUGGGAUUCUGGUUGUGCACUAAAAAAACCUUAUUUUGGUUGGACAACCACAAUAGUUAGUGUAGUUUUAGAUACCCAUCAGAAGGUAUAAUUCUAGUUUGAAUCUGAUUUAUUUUAAAUAACUGUAUAUACAGACAACUCGAGAGGCAGCAAACCUUUGGUCACCAUACCUUCUUGUGAUUUACUUCAUUAAUCUGUAUGUGUUUUAUUUGAACUUUGAUAUUUAUUUUUGCUGAUUUUUGUUUUAUUUUCAACCUCUAAAUUAUUUUAUUUACAUAGUUUGUCAAUGAACUACCCUCAUGUACAAAUGAAAUCAAUCUCUUUCCAUUCUGGCUGAAUAGAGAGGAGGUAAAUUAUUCCUGUAAAUAGUCUGCUGUGUCUGUUUUGUACUUUUAAAUAAAGCUUUUUUCUUUCUCAUUUAAA